GGGUCCCCUCAAGCCCCGAUCUCCCCGUAGGCCCCAGGGUUCCCCUCAGCCCCGGGGGUCCCCUCGAGCCCCAAUCUCCCCUUAGGCCUCAGGGUUCCCCUCAGCCCCCGAUCUCUCCUCAGGCCCUGAACCCCCUCAGCCCCGGGGGUCCCCCUCAGGCUCCACAUUUCCCCUCAGGCCCCGAUCUCCCCUCAGCCCCGGGGGUCCCCCUCAGACCCUGAUCCCCCCUUCAUGCCCCAGAUCUUCCCCCAGCCCCAGGGCCUGCGGUGCGUCAGAGCAAGGCACCUCCACCACCACCUGGGUCAUGAAGCAUUCAGUGGCCCCUGUCAGGGCAGACCCCCUGCCGCUGUUGGGUCCCUGAGGGCAAUGAUACAGCCCUGCCCUGGGUGGAGGGGAGCAGGGAAAUGCGGGAAGGUUGCUGUGUGGGGGAUUGGAAUGAGCUGGGGCUUGUCUGCACAGUGAGAGCAGCCAACGCUGGAUCCCAGAGGGCUCCUCGGGGAGCUGUCCCAUCCCUUGACUUCCCUGGAGACACGGGUCUCUCUCUCAGUGCAGAGGCCAUGAAGAUUAACCAGAACACUGUGCUGCAAGGACAGAGGGUGACCCUGGUGCCAUACACUUCUGCGCACGUGCCCCGGUACCAUGAGUGGAUGCAGUCAGAAGAGCUGCAGCGCCUGACCGCCUCUGAACCCCUCAGCCUGGAGCAGGAGUAUGAGAUGCAGCGCAGCUGGCGGGAUGACGCAGACAAGUGCACCUUCAUUGUGCUGGACAGGGAGCGGUGGUCUGGGCAGGCGCGUGCAGAAGAGGACUGCAUGGUGGGGGACGUGAAUCUCUUCCUCACCGACGCUCAGGAUCCAACUUUGGGCGAAAUUGAAAUUAUGAUUGCAGAGCCCAGCUACCGAGGCAGAGGGUUUGGCAAGGAGGCAACUCUGAUGAUGAUGUCCUAUGGAGUAAAAAACCUGGGGAUCAACAAAUUUGAGGCUAAGAUUGGUCAGGAAAAUGAAGCCAGUAUCUGCAUGUUCAAAAAGCUUCAUUUUAAGGAGAUUGCUGUGAACAGCGUUUUCCAAGAGGUGACGCUGAGGUUGGAUGUCAGUGACCAGGAGAGACGGUGGCUCCUGGAACAGACGAAUCAUGUGGAGGAGAAGAGCUAUGUUGAACUGAAGCUGCCAGCCGGGGUGCUGGAGACCUGACAGACACAUCCAGACACAGGCCUGGUUUCCAGGGACGAAUUGGACGCUGUUGCGAGGUCUGGGUGUGGAGGACACUAGUGAGCCAAGCUGCACUUAACUGUUUUCGUCUGUCUCCUUCGGGUACUUUGUCAUCUUGUCAACUUCACACCUUGUUGCAUCAGCCAGGAAUACUGCCUGAAAUUUGGACCUGGAAAACAGCCACUAAUUCACAGGCUUGACCAGGAAUGACUGUAACCUUAACACACUGUUCCAGCAAAGCCUAAAAUCACCAGCAGUUAAUUGAUUCCUGGUGUGACCAGUUUCUGAACAAGCAACACCCACUGUUCCUUCUUCCGCUGCCCUUAGAUCAGGAUUCAUCAGCUCGACAGAGGCAGUCUCAGCGUGCUGGUAUCUCACUCUGUUUUCUCUUGAAUAAAAAAACUGAUGAAAAAAUCUGAGGUUUCCCCAGAGCUAUGUGGAAGCAGCGUGGCUCAGCUGCUCACUUUGGCUGCUGAAAGGGCGGUUAGAAGUUGUAAAGGACAGCAGAGACUCUGAACCCUGUUUUCUGGGAUGCGGUGGGUUGCAGGGGGACACUGAUGGGUCCUGAAAGUGAGCAAGUGAGCACAACCAAAGGGCAAGUACUGUUAACGUGAUGAAAAUUAUUGAUACCAGCCAUCCAAGACUAGAGCAGAGCCUAACCGUGAUCGCUGCUUAACAGGGGGAACUGGCAGCUGCAGGAGGCUGCUGAGACAAAAUUCCUUGCUGAGUUUCAGGACCGUGCUUUGGCACGCUGCUGCCUGUUAAGAGUGUGGACCUGUAAACCUCAGGCCGUCAGUGAAGCGAUGUUGCACUUCAUUUUACCAGGCUGCUUUUAUGAAAGCAAGGAGGGGGAGAACACAACUGAAAGGAGAUACAGUAGCGAUCCCUUUCUUCAAGAAGCUCAGGACUUGCUCUCCUGAGCCUGAAGGCUCCAAUUGCUGCUCUCCAGUACGAUGAAUGGGGGAAAAAAAUAUCUCUUACUGGGGACAGAUAUAUUUAGGGCAGGAGUUGGCCAGCCGCACUCUGCUGUGAUACAGUUGAGUUCUGUUGCUGAAGAGGCACUUGCCUGACUCCCACUGGACAGACUUUUUAAUGCACUAGCUCAGCCUGACCUUCCCUGCCCUAUGCAGCAUGUUAUCCACAGCAGGGAAGCUUGGUAAGAGGAGAGGACAGAAGGUAAAGGAGGAUAACUGACGCUCCUGCAUGUUUUCCCACUGUAAUAGCAGCUAAUUCUAGACCAGAAAUUGUUUGUUGCAACUACAAAGUAUCAGGUAAUAGCUUUCAGAUUUGCCCAGGGGCGUUUUUAUCGGAGAUUGGUAGACUGUGGAAUUUUUAGUGUUGCUGUGCCUGUAUUUUUAGGACCUGGGGGUUUUAGUUUUCCAAUUUUAGUUCAUUUAAAUGCAUUAUUCCUGUGACUAAUAUUAAAACUAAG